UUAUUAUUAUCGGUCAUGAAAAGUGAAAAUUAUUCAUCCAUAAAAAUUACUGAUCAUUGUGAUCAACAACAUUCAUUUGUCUUUGAUUUACCAAUAAUAUUCGAUUCUUCACACAAAUCUAUACACUGUUACGGUGGAAAAACAUUGUUUUCAUCAAAAAUUUUUAUUUUUAUUACUAUUGUUAUUGCUUUGAUACUGAAAGCUCCAUCCGGUCAAUGUCAUGGAUCAUUACCUGGUCUUAAAUAUCAUUAUGAAUAUUAUACAAAUAUUAUUUUAAAUAAUAAUGAUAAUUUGGAACCGGCUGGAUUUCGUGCUAAAGGACAAUUAUCAUUGGAAAAUGUUUGGCAAGAUAAACAUGGUUAUCUGGCUUUAAUCGAAUUAUAUCAAUUUAAAUUUCAACCAAGAGAAUCAUCUUCAACUGAAAGGUUUUUCGGUACCAAUUCUGCAAAUGUUGAUCAUAAUUGGCCACCAGUUUUAGUACAUAUCAAUGGUCAUGAUGGUCAUCUACAAAAUUUAUAUGUUGAAAAAUCUCAGGAUAAUCGCCAUCAUUUGAUUGAGCCAAUACAAUUAAAUUUAAUUGUUUCGAUUAUGAAUGCACUUCGUAAUCGUCGUGAUCAAAAUACUGAAAAUCAGAUACUGCCAUAUGAAUGGGAACUACAAGGACGGCAUUUGAUUCGGCGUAAAUCGUCUAAAUCCGAAUUACUAGAAGAUUCUGGUAAAUAUUCAUUAUUGGCACCAGCGAUUACGGAUAAUUGGGAAAUUGAUUCGAAAUUGGCUGCUGAUCAUGACAUUUCUGAACAUGUAAAAGGCUGGCAAAAUGUUACUUUGGAAUCGAAAAUCUAUCCAAAUGCACAUUCAAAAUUGUUUGUCGAUUUUGAAUUGAAAUUGAUCGAUCAGGAUAAGGAUAAUUCAGAAAUCGUUUCAACAUUAUCAAAAGCUGAAAGUAUUUCACAAGCUGUAUAUUUGUUCGGACAUCAUAUACGUUCAAAACCGAUGGCUUCAAUAGGUCCCAGUCAUUUUCAAGCUGAACGUAAACCAUGUCAACCACAUUUUUGUCAAUCAUUGUCCGAAUUUAUUCAAGAAUAUAAACGUUCAUUAGCAGAAGAUCAUUCAUUGGCUACGAAUUCUAUGUCGGUAGCAUUUCUUCGUCUGUUGAAUUAUAUUCGAAUAAAUUCUCACAAAAUUAAUCGUAAAGAUGUGGCUAAAUUAUUGCAACAAUUAGAAAAAUCCCGUGAAAAUGAUGGUAAUGUUUGGAGUACAUUGAUGGAUACGAUUGCCGCUAGCCGUCAUGGUGAUGCUAUGCUUGCUGCUUUAGAUCAUCUGAAUCUACCAAAAUGUCAAGGUAAUGAUCGCGUGAGUGAUUGUGAACGAUUUCUAGUCGUAAUGGCUAUUUCCGGAUCAACUGUCGCAAAUAUGGGCUCAUCUUAUGUAGCAGAACAUAGCCUAAGUGUAGAACAAAUAUUGGAUUUAUUUGUUCCAUUAUUGAGUGAUGAAUCAUGGGCCGAUCAUCGUGUUCGACAUUCAUUUGCAAUGACCAUUUCCACAUUGUUACAUUCAUAUCAAACUUAUGUGAAAACAAUAGCCUCUGAAAACAAUCAAUCAAUCAUUGCUGAUCAUAUACCAUAUGAAUCUAGUCGUAUGACAUUACAUCAUCAUUCUAGUCCAACACAAUUUGUCGAUGUUUCACCUGAAUCAACCGUAAAAGAUGAUAAACCUGAAUUGAAAUCUCAAGAUCAUGAUCGUCGACAUCAUCAGCAAAAAUUACAGCAAGUUUCGGAAAAAAUUAUCAAACAUUUACAACGUGAUUUGGAUAGCUGUAAAGAUGUUGAAUGUCGAAUCGUUUAUUUGCAUGCAUUAGGCAAUACUCGUAUUAUUUCAAAAUUUGGAAUGCUAAAUACAUUUAAACGUUAUGUGAUCAAUGGCAGAAAACGAGAAUCUGUAGCAGCAAUGCGUGCUAUGUAUGAUUGUGUGAAAACAGAAUUCGAAUCAAAUACUGUAGAUAUAAAUGAAAAAUUAUCCAUACGUUUACGGCAAUUAUUGGUUCGUAUCGUAUAUGAUUCGAAUUUGGAAACAACAGCCCGUUUGAUUGCAUCGGAAUUAUUGGCAAAUGUUGUUGAUCGACAAGGUGAUAUAACCAUUGAACUAAUAAAACAUUUAGAUAAAUUUCCAUCAGAAUUGGCAACAAUGAUUUGGAAACGAGCUGUAAAAAAUGUAUUGCUAAAACGUCGUCAAAAUCGUUUACCCGGUGUUAAAACAGAAAAUUGGCAUCUGCAUUCGAAAAUUUUAUCCGGAUCUUCUGCAUCAUUCAGAUAUGUAAUGGGUGGAACUGGCUAUGCAAAUGCUUCUUAUGGUGUUUUUCUUGAAUUAUUGAAAGGAAAACUACCAAAAGAAACAUCAUUCAAUGUGGAUAUUAGUCGUGGUGAUCAAAUGCAUCAGGAAAUUAUUAAUGUUGGUCUGUUUGCACGAGGUUUACAAUCAUUUGCUGGUGAAUCGGAUGAUAACAAUGGAAAUGAUGAACAAGAAAUGUCCACUCAAUCAUCGUCUGAUGAAGAAGAAUCAACAAUGGCCGGUAUGACAUUACAUGUAUUGGGACAACAAUUACGGCCAUUGAUAUUUUUCCGUUCAACUUCGGAAUUGAUGGGACAUGUUUGGUCAGGUGCUGGAUCAGAACCAACAAGCGUUUUUCGUGCCAAUUUAUUGCUUGCCGAUUAUUUGGAUGUUAAACCAUUGAUCAAUGGAUUUCUAGUUGAACAAACAUUAAAAGGUGUAUUUUCCAUUGAUCUUAAUGGUGAAAUACAGAUCUCAAUAUGGAAUCGAAAUUCUCAUUCAAAUGUUCAAACUAAAGGUGCCAUAUUGUUUCAAGGAUCUCAGGAAAUUUAUGCAGCAACUGAUCGUACAAAAACUUCGGCAAGAAAAAUGUUUUCAUUUGGUGCCGAAGCGCAGCUAAAUUUCAUAACCGAUUUUGAUUUCUAUUCAUCACCAUAUCGGAUAUGCAUACAGAUUACGCAACCGGAAUUUAUUUUCAGACAUAAUACUCGAAAAUAUGAACAAGUUCAUUCUGAUCAUCUACAUCGUCGUAUACAUCGACGUUCAUACAAAAUUCCGGCCAAAUCAUAUAUGUUAAAUCGUGAUAAUAGUGAAAUGUGUGCUUUGAUGAACGGAAACGAUAAUGAUGGUGGUGGUGGUGGUGGCCAAGAGGAUAAUUUUUUCAGUUUUGAUUAAUAAAUUAGUUAAUAAUUUUCAAUUCUUAUUAUAUUUUUUUUAAAUAUUAUAAAC